UGAGAGCGUUGUGGAUCCUGUGUCGGGUGGUUUCCUGUGUCGGGCUAGGGGUGGAGAUGUUCGAGUCCCCAGCCGAUGGCAGUGUGAUGUUUGCCACUGUGAUUGUGAACAAUUUUUAUCAGUGCUCUCGACUUUGUGUGGUCACUGGCGGGUGUCAGGCCCGAAAAUAUGACGCCGAGUUCCGCGAGUGCCAUCUGUACAUGGCGCCAGAACACAUCACCCCCAGGGUCCCUGAUGGUGACAACCUAUCCCAGGAGGACACAGCAGAUAAGGUGUCACCGGGCCCUUGUCGGGGUCGCCCUUGCAGAAAGGAUCAGAUCUGUGUUGUUGCUGCGUCGGGAGAUGGCCACGUGUGCUUGUCAGGAUCCGAUUGCGGCCGCCCCCCGCUGCGACCUACAUUGGUUAUGGCAGAGACAGGAUGGAACGAAAGCUACUUGGGGGCAUUGAGCGUGUACACGUGCGAGCUGGGUCACAACAAGACAGGGGGCAGCGGGGUCACUGUUUGUCAGGACAGUGGGCAGUGGUCACCUCCGACACUACAGUGUACAGUGGUGGAUUGUGGGAUUCCUGGCGCAAGAAGCAACACAGAGCCCAGCGUCCAGAUGACCACCACAUUCAACACGACGGUGACCUUCACGUGUUCUGCUGGCUACAGGAACCAUGGCGGGGACGACACCAUCACCUGUCUGGCGAACGGACAGUGGUCAUCAACAUCGUUGGACUGCCAAGUGGUGGAUUGUGGGAUUCCUGGCGCAAGAAGCAACGCAGAGCCCAGCGUCCAGAUGACCACCACAUUCAACACGACGGUGACCUUCACGUGUUCUGCUGGCUACCGGAACCAUGGCGGGGACGACACCAUCACCUGUCAGGCGAACGGACAGUGGUCAUCAACAUCGUUGGACUGCCAAGUGGUGGAUUGUGGGAUUCCUGGCGCAAGAAGCAACGCAGAGCCCAGCGUCCAGAUGACCACCACAUUCAACACGACGGUGACCUUCACGUGUUCUGCUGGCUACAGGAACCAUGGCGGGGACGACACCAUCACCUGUCAGGCGAACGGACAGUGGUCAUCAACAUCGUUGGACUGCCAAGUGGUGGAUUGUGGGAUUCCUGGCGCAAGAAGCAACGCAGAGCCCAGCGUCCAGAUGACCACCACAUUCAACACGACGGUGACCUUCACGUGUUCUGCUGGCUACAGGAACCAUGGCGGGGACGACACCAUCACCUGUCUGGCGAACGGACAGUGGUCAUCAACAUCGUUGGACUGCCAAGUCAUCCCCAACUGGAUCACGACGAAGUCGCUGUCUGCUGGUCCGGCGAAGUUGACGUGUACUGACAGGAUGUCCCCGGCCGGCAGUCUGGUGUCGGUGUCCUGUGAGGCUGAUGAGAUGCUGAUAGGCUGCUCCUCAAAAUCUGCGUCUUCAAGUGGCAAAAACAACGGCGUCAAAAUAGUCAUGGUCAAGGACACUCCUUUCUGCCAAAUUGACACAACGAGCACAACUGGCGCCUCAGCACAGUACGCCUCUGCUAGAUGCUGUAAACAAGACGGACUACAGUGUGAAUACCUCACUGAUGGACCAUCUAAGAACAUCGAUGAUGCACAUGUUCAGUCGGAAUGUUUCAAGUCCUUUCAAGUCAUGGGAUGUGGUGCGCAUCAGCCUAAUGGUUAUCUGGAUGGCGUAAGGAUCAACCCCAGUUACUGCCAUGCAUACGCCGGUGGUUCCUCAGUUACAGGCGUGUAUUCCUAUGCCACCUGCUGCCGAGCCCCGGGUCUCUCGUGUAGCGUACACUCUGCAAAGCCUCAACCUGUGAAUGGACUGCUGAAGGCGACAUGUCCCGACGGCUUCACCCUCACUGGUUGUGGAGGACACAAUCCAUGGAAAGAAGCACGAGGCUCAUAUAUAGCAGACGACGGGGGUACCCCCACAUGCCACGUGGAGAGUACGACUGACAGGCCGGACCGAACUACCGUAUCCUACGUAUGUUGUUGAUGGGCGGACAGCAUCAACUCUAUAUUUCAAGGAGUAGUAGUGCUUAGAGAAACACCGAUAUAUCGACGAUUUUUAUCGAUUAGCUUUCUGAAUGUGUCCUAUACGUAUUUUUCUGCUUUUGUGAAAAACUUAUAGCAUUUGAAUUGGUCAAAAUUAGCUUUCUGAAUGUGUCCUAUACGUAUUUUUCUGCUUUUGUGAAAAACUUAUAGCAUUUGAAUUGGUCAAAAUUAAAUUUCCAGAUAAAAUCCUCUCUUCUUCAGUAACUAUCGUGAUAACAUCUGCUGAUGCUGAAGACGCUUUGAACAAAAUAAGUUGUAGCAGCAUCCCGCGGUAGGUUUUAUACCACGAGCUAGAGGCAUAAAACCACAUCUACCCCGAGUGAUACUGCUACAACGAAUUAAUCUUACCGACAUGUUUUAAUAUG